CUUUGAUCCCUGAGAGGGAAGCAUGUGCCUCGAAGGAAAGAGCAUGUUAUUGGAAAGAGAUCACAGGGGAGGGUAGGCGACUAGACGAGAGAUUUACAGCAGAGCAGAAUUAGAAUGAAGGAAAUUGUGAUUAAGAGAAAUAAAGAUUAGCGUAACUCGCAUUUUUCAACCCUUAAAUAGGUUGAUCGGACGGCUCUAGCUCUACUGGUGUAUAAACUCUGUACUUAUAAUAUACAGGAUUCAGCAAACGCUGUGAGCUCCACCGAAAUGGCUGCCUCUCACGCUGCCAUUGAUACCCAAAGGUUAUUGAAAUCCUCUGUUUUGCCAUCUCCCUCUCUAAAAUCUCAUCCUCAAACUAGUAGAAUUUGUACACCAAAACUACUGUCUUUCCCUUAUGCAAUUUCCAGUCGAUCAGUUGAUGUUAGAAGCAGCAAUCGCAGAGAUGAUGUUCUUGACGCCAUUAAACGCUCCUUAUCAACAUGCCUUUCAGAAACUCACCUCCAAAAGACAGUUCCUGGUCUCAAGACCAAGACCAGAGGCAAGGUGAGGGAUGUUUAUGAUGGCGGGGACUAUCUUGUUUUGGUCACAACUGAUAGGCAAAGUGCUUUCGAUAGAGUAUUGGCCUCCAUUCCUUUCAAAGGCCAGGUUCUUAAUGAGACAAGUACAUGGUGGUUUGAUAGGACUCAGCACAUCGUCCAAAAUGCUGUUAUAUCUGUCCCAGAUGAGAAUGUUACCAUUGCAAAAAAGUGUUCAGUUUUCCCAGUGGAGUUUGUUGUUAGAGGUUUUGUGACUGGAAGCACUGACACCUCUCUGUGGAUGGUCUACAGCAAAGGCAUUAGACAUUAUUGUGGCAAUGUUCUUCUAGAUGGUUUGGUGAAGAAUCAAAAGCUUGCUACAAAUAUACUCACUCCCACUACGAAGGGGAUUGAUCAUGAUAUCCCAGUAACUCCCGACCAGAUAAUUGGACAAGGGCUGAUGACAAAAGAUGAAUUCGAUGAAGCUAGUCACAAAGCCUUACAAUUAUUUGAAUAUGGACAGCAUGUGGCGUUGGAGCAUGGUCUCAUAUUAGUAGAUACAAAGUACGAAUUUGGGAAGGAUUCUGAUGGAUCACUAUGUUUGAUUGAUGAGGUGCACACACCAGAUUCAAGCAGAUACUGGAUAGCCCAUUCAUAUGAGGAGCGCAUCAAGAAUGGUCUUGAACCUGAGAAUGUUGAUAAGGAGUUUUUGAGGCUGUGGUUUAAGGAUCAUUGCAAUCCAUAUGAAGAUAAGGUCCUACCAGUUGCUCCAGAGGAACUUGUUUGUGAACUAGCCUGGCGGUAUAUAUUCUUAUUCGAAACAAUCACAAGGACACAGUUCAAGGUGCCACAGCUAGAGGAGCCCAUACAUGAUCGGAUAUCACGAAAUGUUUCACAAGAACUGUUGGAGUUGCGGCAGUAAAGGUUUUAACAGGAGCCAAGUAUGUAAUAGUUUUGGUUUCUACAAAAAUAAGGGCAAGUGUUCACAAUGAUUAGGGGAAAAAAAAAAGUAAAUCGGAAAAUUUUUGGGAUGACAUUGUUUUUGGGAUAACAUGUCCGUAACUUUCAUAAUCUAUUUAUUUGUGUAAAACGUUUCACAUUAUAUCUAUUCAUUUGGGAAAA